AGGGAUACGACUACUCUUCGGGCGUGUGGCAAUUAUGCAGGUGUUUGGCGGCGGCGAGACGGCCACCACGUUGAUGCUGCACGUCUACGAUGGCGCGCUGAAGUACUACAACCAGAAGCCCGUCGAGGACAACAUCUACGACCGGUGGCUCCGGGUGAACGUGAUCCAUGAUGUCGGCGCGUCGAGACUCACCGUGUUCGUCGAUGGCGAAAAUAAACUGAGCGUCGCCGGCCGCGGCGGCAGCUCGCACUACUUCAAGUUCGGCGUCUACACGCAAAGGGACGCGUCCAGCCGCAUGGAGUCGCGCUGGAAGAAUGUCAGGAUUCUCAAGAAAAACUGAUACCCACAGCAGCUUAUCUGUUUGUUUCCCCGUCGUGUAUCCUUUGUACUGGUUGUUUCAAGUCCGAGCGCGUGUACUCACACGAUCGUCAUCCUUCAACAAAAAUUCAAUAAAGCUAAAAAUCUGACAACAGAUUUUUUAGAGUGUCAGAUUGAACGCACUUUGUGCCGUUGGAUAUUAUGCAUAAAUCUUCAGUGUAAUUGGAGCACACUCAUGGAGGGUGUCUUGGCUGCGGUUAAGGACUUCUUUCCAACUGGUAUUAUGCAUGAGGGAGUUAACUUCGCUUC